AUGGCAGAAGAUAUGGAUAAUCAAAUUACACAUAAACCAGGUUAUAGACACACAGAAAAUCUAUAAUUAAAAUAUGAUCAAUAUUUAUAAUAACUUAUUAAUUCUGUAUCAAAUUAAUAGAAUGAAUUAAAUCAUGUUAUGAAAAUUGCUCCAUAAUACAAUUAUGAAAAUAAAUUAUUAUUACCUAAGGUUGAAACUACCAUUAAUAAUAAUCGUUAAAAUGCUAUUGGAGGAGAUAGAGAUCUAUAAGAAUUGGAAAACUUGAAUACGAUAAUUUAGAAUAAAUUGAAAUCUUAAAAAUUUAAUAUGAUUAAUUGUUUAGGAUUAAGAUAGAGUAUGAAAAAUUUUGGAUUAAAAUUAGAAUAUAAAUAUUAAUCAAAUAAUCCUUUAUUAAGUAUUUAAGCAAUAACUGAUAAUGUUAUUGCAGUUGGAAGUAAAAAUGGAUUAGUUUAAGUUUUGGAUUUAUAAAAUAAAGAAUAAUAUUUUACCAUUUAAACUAAACAACCGCCUAUUACUUGUAUGAGAAUAUUUAAAGGAUCUCAAGGAGAUUUCAAUGUAACUUCAAGAACAAAUGUAUAAGGAAUAGAUUUAAAAGAAUAAUAAUAUGUUAUUACUGGUAAUCAAGAGAUAAAGAUAUGGGAUAUUAAGAUUGGAAGCAUGAUUAAAUAAUUAAAAAGAUAAGGAAAAAUAAUUAAAAAUAUUUUAUAUUUAUUAGAUGAUCAUACUUUAACUAGUGGACGUGAAGAUAGUAAAUUAUCAUUUUGGAAUGCUUAUUCUGUCAUGAUAAUGAAGAAAUUAUAAGAUCAUAUUGAUUCUGUAAAUGGAAUAAUAUUAACUAAAUAAGAUGUUUUUUUUAGUAUCAGUAGCAACUAGUGA